AUGUUUCACCCCAACACUCCCAUCACGUUUCACCCCAACGCUCCCAUCACGUUUCACCCCAACGCUCCCAUCACGUUUCACCCCAACGCUCCCAUCACGUUUCACCCCAACACUCCCAUCCCGUUUCACCCCAACACUCCCAUCACGUUUCACCCCAACACUCCCAUCACGUUUCACCCCAACACUCCCAUCACGUUUCACCCCAACACUCCCAUCACGUUUCACCCCAACACUCCCAUCCCGUUUCACCCCAACACUCCCAUCAUGUUUCACCCCAACACUCCCAUCACGUUUCACCCCAACACUCCCAUCACGUUUCACCCCAACACUCCCAUCACGUUUCACCCCAACACUCCCAUCAUGUUUCACCCCAACACUCCCAUCACGUUUCACCCCAACACUCCCAUCCCGUUUCACCCCAACACUCCCAUCAUGUUUCACCCCCAACACUCCCAUCAUGUUUCACCCCAACACUCCCAUCACGUUUCACCCCAACACUCCGUCACGUUUCACCCCAACACUCCCAUCACGUUUCACCCCAACACUCCCAUCACGUUUCACCCCAACACUCCCAUCACGUUUCACCCCAACACUCCCAUCCCGUUUCACCCCAACACUCCCAUCAUGUUUCACCCCAACACUCCCAUCACGUUUCACCCCAACACUCCCAUCCCGUUUCACCCCAACACUCCCAUCAUGUUUCACCCCAACACUCCCAUCAUGUUUCACCCCAACACUCCCAUCACGUUUCACCCCAACACUCCCAUCACGUUUCACCCCAACACUCCCAUCACGUUUCACCCCAACACUCCCAUCACGUUUCACCCCAACACUCCCAUCAUGUUUCACCCCAACACUCCCAUCCCGUUUCACCCCAACACUCCCAUCAUGUUUCACCCCAACACUCCCAUCCCGUUUCACCCCAACACUCCCAUCAUGUUUCACCCCAACACUCCCAUCAUGUUUCACCCCAACACUCCCAUCACGUUUCACCCCAACACUCCCAUCAUGUUUCACCCCAACACUCCUAUUACUUUUCCUCCCUAA